UUAAAUUGUGAUCUGUUUCUAGUGGGGUAUUUGAAAGAAAUAGAUUAAUUAGUAGAUUGUGUCUCACGCAUAUAUCUUUAAUAAUUCAUAUCAUAUUCAAAAAUAAAUAAGUAAAAAACACGUUGAUUAUAUCAAAUUUGGAGACCCCAAUAAUUUUAGUUCAUCAUGGGUAGGGACACUAUUGCUGAGAUAAUAACUUCUAUACGAAAUGCUGAUAUGGAUCGAAAAAGGGUGGUUCGAAUAGCAUCUACUAAUAUUACCGAAAAUAUUGUUCAAAUACUUUUACGAGAGGGUUUUAUCGAAAACGUGAGAAAACAUCGAGAAAACAACAACGAUUUUUUGGUUUUAACCCUGCGACAUAGAAGGAAUAAGAAAAGACCCUAUAGAAAUAUUUUAAAUUUAAAACGAAUCAGUCGACCUGGUCUACGAAUCUAUUCUAAUUAUCAACGAAUUCCGCGAAUUUUAGGUGGAAUGGGGAUUGUAAUUCUUUCUACUUCUCGAGGUAUAAUGACAGACCGAGAGGCUCGACUAGAAGGAAUAGGUGGAGAAAUUUUGUGUUAUAUCUGGUAAUCCUUUAUAAUAUCCAAAUUGGAUUCGAAACUUCCUAUUUGUGAAAUUUGUUAAAAAUAAAAAAGGGGGGUUGUCUAAUAUCUUUCUCAUUAGUUGAUACCUCAAGGGAACUUUAAGAACCAAAAUGGAGUCAUGAAGCUUUAAAUUACUGAAUCGCUUCCCAACGGUCUGUUCCGGGUUCGUUUAGAUCUGAUUCUAAAUUCUGUUUCAGGAAGAAUCCGACAUAGUUUUAUACGGAUACUGCCAGGAGAUAGAGUCAAAAUUGAAGUAAGUCCUUAUGAUUCAACGAAAGGGCGUAUAAUUUCUCGACUCCACAACAAAGAUUUGAAGGAUUAGUUUUUCAACUUCACCAUUCCUUUCGUGGGAAUACAAUUCGAGAUGAAAAAUUUCAAGAAACUUAUUUUCUUCCAAGAAAUAGAUUCAGAAUUAAGGUAAGGAAUGAGAAAUAUGAAAAUAAGAGCUUCCGUUCGUAAAAUUUGUGAAAAAUGUCGACUAAUCCGUAGGCGGGGACGAAUUAUAGUAAUUUGUUCCAACCCGAGACAUAAACAAAGACAGGGAUAAUCAGACUUGCCAGAAGAGCCGAUGUACAAAUAAAGAAUCUGUUUUGACAUGAAAUGGAUAUAUCCAUAUAUCUCUGACUCAUAUUUACGAGAUGAUAAAAUAUGGCAAAAGCUAUACCGAAAAUUAGUUCGCGUAGGAGUGGACGUAUUGGUUCACGUAAGGGUGCACGUAGAAUACCAAAGGGAGUUAUUCAUGUUCAAGCAAGUUUCAAUAAUACCAUUGUCACUGUUACAGAUGUACGGGGUCGAGUAGUUUCUUGGUCCUCUGCUGGUACUUCUGGAUUCAAAGGUACGAGAAGAGGAACACCGUUUGCUGCUCAAACCGCAGCAGCAAACGCUAUCCGGACAGUAGUGGAUCAAGGUAUGCAACGAGCAGAAGUCAUGAUAAAAGGUCCCGGUCUCGGACGAGAUGCAGCAUUACGAGCUAUUCGUCGAAGUGGUAUACUAUUAACUUUCGUACGGGAUGUAACUCCUAUGCCACAUAAUGGCUGUAGACCUCCGAAAAAAAGACGUGUGUAGAACUGAACAUUGAAGAAAUCCCAAGAGAAAUAAAAGAUUCGAUGAUCUAAUCAAAUAAUAGUACUAUGGUUCGAGAGAAAGUAACAGUAUCUACUCGGACACUACAGUGGAAGUGUGUUGAAUCAAGAACAGACAGUAAACGCCUUUAUUAUGGACGCUUUAUUUUGUCUCCACUUAUGAAAGGCCAAGCCGACACAAUAGGCAUUGCGAUGCGAAGAGCUUUACUUGGAGAAAUAGAAGGAACAUGUAUCACACGUGUAAAAUCUGAGAAAGUACCACAUGAAUAUUCUACCAUAACGGGCAUUCAAGAAUCGGUACAUGAAAUUUUAAUGAAUUUGAAAGAAAUUGUAUUGAGAAGUAAUCUAUAUGGAACUUCUGACGCGUCUAUUUGUGUCAAAGGUCCUGGAUAUGUAA